AUGGCGUCGAAGAAGGAUAAGGCUCCCCCACCAUCGUCCAAGCCGGCAAAGUUUGGCGGUGGCAAGCAGAAGAAGAAGAAGUGGAGUAAGGGAAAGCAAAAGGAGAAGGUGAACAACAUGGUUCUGUUCGACAAGGCAACCUACGACAAGUUGCUUUCUGAGGCCCCAAAAUAUAAGCUCAUCACACCUUCCAUCCUCUCCAAUCGUCUCAGGAUCAAUGGAUCACUUGCAAAGAAGGCAAUUAGAGAACUGAUGGCUAAAGGUUUGAUCAGAAUGGUGUCUGCUCACUCAAGCCAGCAGAUAUACACAAGGGCCACUAACACCUAG